AUGGAGACCAGGGAGUACAAAUCCCUGUGGCACAACCUCAUGGACAAGGCCGUUCUGAGCAGCUCCACAGUGCAGGAAUCCAACGGGGAGGAAAAGCCCCAGAGAUCCCGCAGGAGGAGGGGCUCCAAACCCAUCCCAGGGUGCUCUGAGGAGGAAAGACCCACCCUGUGCCGGGAAGGUGGCCGGAGAUCCAGCCAGGUCUCUGAGCUGGUGGUCCAUGAGCAGCUUCAGGAUGGGGAGAAGCCCUACAAGUGCUUGGAGUGUGGGAAGAGCUUCAGCCACAGCAACAGCCUGAUCCGCCACCAGAUGAUCCACACUGGGGAAUGGGCCUAUGAGUGUGGGGAAUGUGGGAAGGGCUUCAGCUCCAGCUCCCAACUCAUCAUCCACCAGCGCAUCCACACUGGGGAGAGGCCCUAUGAGUGUUCUGAUUGUGGGAAGAGGUUUCACAGCAGCUCCAAUCUUGUCCAGCACCAGCGGAUUCACACGGAUGAGAGGCCCUUCCGCUGCCCUGACUGUAGGGAGGGCUUCAAGCGAAACUCCACCCUCAUCAGGCACCGGCGCAUCCACACUGGGGAGAGCCCCUAUGAGUGUGGGGAAUGUGGGAAGAGCUUCAGAAACAGCAACAGCCUGAUCCGCCACCAGAUGAUCCACACUGGGGAAUGGCCCUACGAGUGUGGGGAAUGUGGGAAGGGCUUCAGCUGCAACUCCAAACUCAUCAUUCACCAGCGCAUUCACACUGGGGAGAGGCCCUAUGAGUGUGGGGAAUGUGGGAAGAACUUCAGCCAGAGCUCCAACCUGAUCUGCCACCAGAGGACCCACACUGGGGAACAGCCCUAUAUGUGUGGGAAAUGUGGGAAGACCUUCUGCUGGAUGCCAAAUUUGGUUGUCCACCAGAUGAUCCACACUGGGGAGAGGCCCUAUUAGUGUCCUGAGUGUGGGAAGAUGUUUUGGAGCACCUCUUACCUCCUUCAGCACCAGCCGAUUCACAUGGAUGAGAGGCCCUUCCGCUGCCCCAACUGCAGGAAGGGCUUCAAGCGAAAGUCUGAAGUCACUAUUCACCAGCGCAUCCACACUGGGGAGAGGCCCUAUGAGUGUCCCCAGUGUGGGAAGAACUUCUCCAGGUGCUCUCACUUGACCAAACACCAACAGAGGCACUGGUAAGGGAAGCCCUGCGAGUGCCCCAAGUGCAGGAAGAGCUCUGUGCGCUGCUCCAACUCCAUCCCCCAUCAGAGGACCCAUGUUGGGCAGAGCCCUGAUGACCCAUGUACCCAGUGAUCUGCGUUUUGAAGACGCUGGGUUGGUGGUCAUUUUGAUUUGGCCCUAAUAUUCUUUUGAUUCAUCUUCAUGCCUUUAAAACAGACAAAAUUGGAAUAAAAGUCUACAAAUUCAUCAAAUCAUCUAAAACCUCACAUUCACUGGUGAUUCAAGGGAAUCUGGGAUUCAGGGAGGUACAUGUGAGGGCUUUGGGGGUUAUUAGGUGUAGUUGUCUCCAUUUCUUGGUACUCAAGGAGAUGAGAGAGUUCGAUCUGUCACCUCAAAACUACUCAGUGUCACUGAAAACUACUCGGUUCCCACCCCAAAAUUCCUGGAUUCCACAGCCCCGCAGGGUGUGUUGCCUUAAGUUUUAGCUUUCAUAUUUUUCAUAUUCCGUGCUGCCUUGGUUUGUAGUUUUGAACUUCAUAUUAAGUGUUAGUGAGCUGUCUUCACAGAGUAGGUAGACAAAACAAUUCCUUUUCUAGCUUGAUACCAAGGAUAGUUUCAAUUAUGUUUCAGACUCAAAAGCAUAAACAAGGGUGGACUGAAGAGAGAAAACAAGAAGGAUGGGACUUCAUCAUCUGAAGCUGUAAUUGGACAGUGAACCCAAAUAUCCAGAUGGACCUAAACUUCUAAAAAUGUGAGACGUCAUGAUGAGUUGUCCAUUUUUGUGACCAUUUUUGGUCCAUCUUGGGUGUAGCCCUGGCCAGGAUCUUGUACUGCCCAAGGUCUGUCUUUAAAGGCCUUUUAAUAGACUUUAUUCUUAACUCUG